AUGGAGGCCGCGUUGCCCAGCCGUGUUGCGCUCUCCGCGGUGAGCCGCCUCCCGAAUCGCCACGCCGUGGCAGGAGAUAGAUCUUUCAUUUACAAGGGAAGAUGCCAAAGUCUUGCAAUUCCUAUGGCUCUGUCAGCAGCUGCGCCAGGCAAAGGUGGUGUGCUUGAUCGGCCAGUAGAGAAAACUACCCCUGGUCGUCAGUCUGAAUUUGAUGUGAAGAAAUCCCGCAAAAUGUCACCUCCAUACCGCGUCAUUCUGCACAAUGACAACUACAACAGGCGCGAGUAUGUUGUCCAGGUCCUGAUGAAAGUGAUCCCUGGGAUGACCGUCGACAACGCUGUGAACAUCAUGCAGGAGGCCCAUGUGAAUGGGCUGUCAGUGGUGAUUGUCUGUUCCCAGUCCGAGGCUGAGGAGCACUGCACGUCGCUCAGGGGCAACGGCCUCCGAAGCUCGAUCGAGCCUGCGAGUGGUGGCUGCUGA